AUGAAGACCUUGAUGGCUGUGUUCGUUUUUUCCCUCUUCACCUUGUGUGUGGCUGAGGUCCUGCAUCUGGAUCAACAGGCAGAAGACACCAACAGCACCCAGAGAGCCAGCAUCGAGUCUGCUCAUCACUGCGAGUGCCAGAAUUUGAAUGAAUAUUUUCUUAGAGCCUUGAAAGAAUUGGAGGACAAGCAGAGAUUCACUGAGAAAGACAUAGAGGAUCUGAGGGGGCAGCUCCAAGGUAACAAGGUGGCAUUUGGAGCAGCCAUUGGCAAUGUUGGAAAUAUUGGACCUUACAACAGUGAGAUCACACUGACCUACAAGACCGUCUUCGCAAACACGGACUCAUACAAUCCUGCUACAGGUAUUUUCUGUGCUCCAGUCCAAGGAAUGUAUUACUUCAGCUUCUCUGGUCAUAAUCAAUCACAUAAGCCAAUGGGGCUGCGACUCAUGAAGAAUGGAGUGCAGAUCGUUACCGUGUAUAAUCAUCCAUUGGGAAAUCGCUAUGACACGGGAACUAACGGCAUGACUAUACAUCUUAAUGUGGGAGACCAGGUGUACGAGAGGCUCCGGGAGAAUACGUGGAUUUUUGAUAAUGAUAAUAACCACAGCACCUUCAUUGGACAUCUGUUAUUCCCUUUCUGAGAAAAAAUAAACUUCAGAGAGAGAAGAGAGAGUCAGUGAGGUGCAGUACAUUGCUACUUCCAUUGGGGUAUUGUUGUUUAAUGAAUUAAAGUGUUUAGAGCUGACCUGAAACUUGAAUUAAUGAAAACACUGUAUGAUAAUACAUCAAGUUAAACGGGAUCCUGAUCAAAACUUUGUAAAUUGAAAGUUUUAUAUUCAUUGAUAUUAUGUUUGUCUUUGUGUUGUGUUUCUUUUAAUUAAUAAACACCCUAUGACUCCA